GUAGAUCUUGGAUCCCCAACGACUAUAUAAGGAGCUGCCCGCUUUCUCUGCUUUGUGUAACGUUCUUUUACACACACAUUUUCACUCACAGAUCUCUCUCUCUCUCUCUCUUUCUCUGUUUUCUUCUGAAACCAAACGCGUGAUCGGGAGGGAACUGAAACAAGGGCAACAUGGUGAAGAUUUGCUGUAUCGGAGCAGGGUAUGUGGGAGGCCCUACCAUGGCUGUGAUAGCACUCAAGUGCCCUAAAAUUGAAGUUGCUGUUGUUGAUAUUUCUGCCCCUCGUAUCAAUGCCUGGAACAGUGAUCAGCUUCCCAUCUAUGAGCCAGGGCUUGAUGAGGUGGUGAAGCAGUGCCGAGGCAAGAAUCUAUUCUUCAGCACAGAUGUGGAGAAACAUGUUUGCGAGGCUGACAUAGUCUUCGUCUCGGUCAAUACUCCGACCAAGACUCAGGGACUUGGAGCUGGCAAAGCUGCAGAUUUGACAUAUUGGGAGAGUGCAGCCCGCAUGAUUGCUGAUGUAUCAAAAUCUGAUAAGAUUGUGGUGGAGAAGUCUACAGUUCCUGUCAAAACAGCUGAGGCCAUUGAAAAAAUUUUGACCCACAACAGCAAGGGAAUCAACUUUCAGAUUCUCUCUAACCCGGAAUUCCUUGCAGAGGGAACUGCAAUUAGUGAUCUUUUUAACCCAGACAGGGUUCUCAUUGGAGGCAGGGAAACCCCAGAAGGCCUUAAGGCAGUUCAAGCAUUGAAAUCUGUUUAUGCCCAUUGGGUUCCUGAAGAUCGCAUCCUUACCACUAAUUUAUGGUCUGCAGAGCUCUCAAAGCUUGCUGCUAACGCAUUCUUGGCCCAGAGAAUCUCAUCGGUUAACGCCAUGUCUGCUCUCUGUGAGGCUACUGGAGCAGAUGUCACUCAGGUGUCUUAUGCUGUUGGUAAGGACUCUCGAAUUGGUCCCAAGUUCCUUAAUGCCAGUGUUGGUUUUGGUGGGUCCUGCUUCCAGAAGGAUAUUCUGAACUUAGUUUACAUCUGUGAGUGCAACGGCCUUCCUGAGGUUGCAGAGUACUGGAAACAAGUCAUUAAGAUCAAUGACUAUCAGAAGAGCCGUUUUGUAAACAGGGUUGUUUCAUCUAUGUUCAACACAGUUGCUAACAAGAAAGUUGCCAUCCUGGGGUUUGCCUUUAAGAAAGAUACCGGUGAUACCAGAGAGACUCCUGCUAUCGAUGUUUGCAAGGGACUCCUUGGGGACAAGGCUCAGUUGAGCAUCUACGAUCCUCAGGUCACAGAUGACCAAAUCCAGAGGGAUCUUACAAUGAAGAAAUUUGAUUGGGACCAUCCCCUUCAUCUCCAGCCAACAAGCCCCACUACAGUAAAGAAGGUUCAGUCUGUUUGGGACGCCUAUGAGGCCACAAAGGAUGCACAUGCUGUCUGCAUUCUUACCGAAUGGGAUGAGUUUAGGAAGCUUGAUUUCCAGAAGAUAUAUAACAACAUGCAGAAACCAGCCUUUAUUUUCGACGGAAGAAACGUUGUCGAUGCGAAUAAGCUCAGGGAAAUUGGUUUUAUUGUUUACUCAAUUGGCAAACCACUCGACGCCUGGCUCAAGGACAUGCCUGCUGUUGCAUAAAUGCAUCAUGCUUGAUCAAGUGCCUUGUGAUCGUACUAAACAGUAUCCGUGAGGCAGGCAACCGAAUUUAUUCAUUUUACCAUAUAUUUUUUGUUUCAUUUAAAGGUUGGGAUAAUAUUCUGAAUCUUUCUCAUAUGCCCUUUUUGUAGUUGGAGGAUCUGAGAGUAUUGUUAUCCGGGCUAUGUUAGAAGUUGGAUGUUUGCUUUUACAUUGUAUUCAUGACUUUACUUAUUGUCUAUUAUUACAUGGCUUCUUCAGGGACC